CAGUUCGUCGUUACUCGUGACAGUGUACGGUUUGUUGUCCUCCGACGUCUCGGCAGUGGGCUCGUUACUUUUCAAGGCAGGUUAACGUGAGGUAGUUACGCAAGGAAGCGGACAAGGAGGAUUGAGAGGGUAGUGGCGCCAAAAAAAAAGGGUCAACUUUAAACAGUGCUCAGUACUAACCUAGCAUUCGAACCAACCGACCACGAUGAUGUCCUCGCUGCAGUCCAUGUUUGUCGUUAGUUUAUUGGUGAUUGCGGUAUUCAUCAACCAGGGAGAUGCCAUCCGUUGCUUCGAGUGCAACAGUGCGGAGGACUCGACCUGCUCGCACGACAACCCACCGGACACGAUGUCGAUCGACUGUAACGAUCACAAGGACGGCAACAAGUACACCUUCUGCCGGAAGAUCGUCCAGAUCAUCGAGUUCCCAGUGAACAACCUUCCAGCGGAUAACCGAGUGAUCCGCGGUUGUGGCUGGGAUGAAACGUCCUACAAGGGCAAAUGCUACCAGCGUUCCGGAUUCGGUGGACGUCAGGAGGUGUGCGCUUGCUACGAUGACAACUGCAACGGUGCAUCCACACUGUCCGUCACGUUCGGUGUCCUGCUGUUCGGUGCGGUUGCUUUCCUGAUUCGUGCUUAAUCCAAUCAACGGUACCAUCCGGCACAUAUCCACCGAUGCUAGUGGAGAUUCUAGUUUGUUUAUCUAAUUUGCCAUCUUCGGUGACUUUGGCGAACACCGAACGUUAAACCGGGGGCGAUGGGAGCGGUUCGCUAUUUCUAUCGAGAUUGGACAAAGCAACUGGAGCAAAAUGGAUUGCGAUUGUUCAUCCAUUCCUUGUGCCAGGAGUGUGAAUAUACGUUACAUUAGUUUUAGGUUGAGAAUGUUAAUUUUUUUCUACGAGACAUUCCAAUGUCUUCAAGUUCUCUUCCCCUUUGGAACGCGGGGAGUCGAGAUAUCACGCGUCCACUGGGGGGAAAUUUGGAUUGCAAAUGAAAGGGCAAUGAAAGCACGCUUUCAGAUAGUUGUUUUUGUGACAGUAUCUAACGUCCUUGCAAUACUUUUUUUUCAUUGGUACUCUUUCACAGAACCAUUCCUUUCCAAGCCAGCCGAAGCUCUUUCGGGUUUUGUUAGACACCUCGAUCGAUUGAUGUACCGUUUAGCACGAUCGAGUACAUUUUUAAUACAACCUGCACCGUGAGAAGGGGGGUAUGAGUUUUGUAAAGAAAACAUUUCUACGUUACGCUAUUUUAAGAAGUAUAGACACAAACCAAAUACUACGUUUAGCAGCUUCUCGAACCAGGCUGUUAAAAGAAGGGGUGAAGUAAAACAACAAAAGAAUUGUGCAGAACGUGAUUGCCGUGUUCAAUAAAUCAGAAUUAGAUUAGUGACUAUUUCGUUACGACAUCCCAGGACAAGCUUAAACGAAACAUGCACCUAUGUUUCAUCUUUAAACUCAUUAAAGAAUCAGAUUAAAGUAAAUCAAACAAACAAACAAACAAGAAACAGAUACAUUAACGUACAGCAAUAGAAGAGCGGACGCGCCGUGUCCUUAGGGCCUAGGGAAUCGGUAAAUAGCAGUAAAUUUGAAGACACAGAAAACAAAACUAAGCUGCCAGCAUCGCUUCGUCGCCACGGCUCACGGCGCUUGUGCGCGUAGUAAGGGGAACCGGCUUUAGGAAGUCUUCGUUUCGGCGGACCAUCUUAGCGCAUCCCGGCAAACGAGAAGCAGGAGCGAAUCCCCCAUCUAUUCAUUCUACCCGUUCAACAACGUUUCGCGUGAUGAUUGGUACUGUAUUUGGGGGAAUGCCGGUUACACAGCGACGUUUUUAACUUACCAAAACAUACAAUCGCACGAAACGGAAGGGGACGUGUGUCAUCGAUGCGCAUAAAUUUCUGCAAAACGGUCGGAAUAAAUGAAGUUCAAUAAAAUAGAAGAAAAACACAGAAACCCUUUGUUAUCGCUCGCUAUUUUCGCUUCUUUGUCGUUUUUGUUGUAGACGUAGAGGAAAUGUAGAGGAACACCCAUGCGGGAACGAAGAGCUACAAACAGUGUUUAGUAGGUGAAUGUUAUGCAAUAAAACACUACAUUAGCGAAAUUCUAAACUGUAGUUUAUACAUCAAAUAUUACGUUAUAGUCGGGUUGCAAACCUAGCCUCAAACUUUAAUAAGAUAUCUUACUCUAGUAUAUGUACUUCUCCAGACAAUUUCUUUUUAUCUUAUAAACUUCAAGAAAAAUUAACAGAUCAGACAACAACGCACCAUUUCUUGUUAGCGCUAGCCAUGUAUAAAGUCUUAUCUAUCCGGCAGG